AUGGUCGGUACCUACGACCUCCAACAAUUUGCGCUUGCUCAGUGCGCAUUCACCAUCAAUCACGCUGACCUCACGGACAACACGCGGAAAGCGGCUUUUGGCCGCGUGCACAACAUGUACAUUUUCACGGACUUACCGCCGCAGCCCAGCGAAUGGACCGCUAAGCAACUCAAGGCGCUCAACCGCCUGUUGCGUUCGUUGCUCAACAGCGCUGUCUCGUGGGACGCAUUCCAGUACAUCGUCCAGCACCACAUCCUGACCGACCCGUGGCUCAUGUCGCUGAAACAGUCAAAUCAAUAUGACCAGUUCCCCCUUGUGCUCGCGACCUGCUUCAAAUGGCAGUACCGGACCGCAGAGGGCAACUUCCCGAACACGAUGGAGGAAUACUUCAUGUGGAGGCGCAUACCGUACGUCACCCUCGAAGAGGACAGCUCGCGCGAGACCAGGAGCGCGUCUCUCGCGCUGUUCUUGAAGCAGUGGUGGAUCCGCAACGACCGUGUCAGGUCCGGUGGACCGCCUCUCUCACAUGAGGCCAACGACUUCGACUUCAGCCGUGUGUCGGACGCAGAGCGCGCCGCGGCAAGGGAAGAACAACGAAGGCAUCGCAGCCCCAGGGAGCAUUCCCCGCUGCCGCCAAUGCUCGACAACGUGCUGGUCGAGGCCGCGCGGUGCAAGCGGUGUGUGAAUGACCGGCGAGAUGAGUGUAGGGUGCCCUUCGCGAAGACGUGCUGUCACCGCUGUAUGAGGAGGAAGGUCAACUGCUCGCUCACGGACCAACGAGCCUCUGAGGCGGUUGACUCGCCGCGCGCGUCCCUGGCACCUGUGCUGCAGAAUAAUUCCGCACCCGACUCUCUACCACGUGCACGCUCGUCAUCGCGUUCGCCCGCGCCUUCUCCAUCGCAUUCGCCCUCGCGUUCUGUCACUCGCUCGACGCCCGCAUCGCCGCCCAACGUUGUAUCCGACUCAUCAUCCCCGCUGCCGGCUGGGCGUAUCGCAUCUGCACAGUCGCAGUCGCCCGCUUCUUCUGCAAGCCCAUCGACCGUCUCAGUGGCGCAGAUGAUGGACGUGGAUCCUGUGUCGCCAGGAACAUCAAGCAGUGUUGACGCGGGUGCUGGGCCUUCGAGCUUUGGAGCCCAUCGUGUCGCGAGACGCAAACUCAACGAGCUCGACACCAAUGCGAUCAUCCGCGAUGUCAAGCGAUCAUCGGAUCUCCCUAUGGCCGAACGAUUGAAUGUCCAUCAGGGGGUGAUCGCGCGGCUCAUCAACGAGGUCGCGAGAUUGCGGGGUGCCCUUCAGGCGACGAAGAAGAAACGUGCUCGGUACGGGGGUGAUGAAGAUGAUGAUUGA